AUGCGACUAAAAACGAAAGCAGCUAAACGUCUUUUAACUUCAUCAUCUCCUAUUGAUCAUGAAGCUAUUACACAUAUUGAUAAAGAACAAAAACCGACAGCAAUUAUUAAUAAAUCAAAUAAUCUCCUAUUGACGAAUGAAAAUUCAGAGGACGAAGAAACUAAUAAACGAAUCACUAUGAAAUGUACGAAUCUCGAAAUAGAAGAAAAUGAAGAAACUAUGGAAGAAUCUAUGGUUACUAAUCAUUUAUUCAAUGGAGCCGAUGAAAAUCAACAAGAGGACAGAAUGUACGAACGUAUAAAUAAUCAUCAAACUACUUCAAAUUCAAGUGAAACAAGCGAAUGUGAAAAUCGUUUAUAUACAUGUAAUGAUUGUGGAAAAGGUUUUCAAACAUCAUCGGGUUUAAAACAACAUCGAAAUAUUCAUUCAAGUAUUAAACCAUGGAAAUGUGAGUUUUGUACAAAAUCUUAUACACAAUUUUCCAACUUAUGUCGCCAUAAACGUUCACAUACCAAUGCUAAAACACAAAUUGAAUGUAAGGAUUGUCGACAAGGAUUUCAAAGUCAUAUUGCUUUAAAUAAACAUCGAAGUUCAUGUAAAGAACGAAACGUCCCAACAUCAAUGGUGACACCAAAUUUAACUGCUUUACUUCCAUUUAUUGAUACAACAUCAUUGAAAGAAUGCAUACCAAAUAAAAAAUUCGAAGAACCAAUCGAUCUAUCGAAAUCCUUAAAACGAUCACGAGAGUCAGCAAGUGAUCAACCUAUUGAUUAUUCAUUGAUAAAUAAACAAAUUGAUGCGAAUUUCCAGCAUCUUUCACAUGUAUUUGGAAAUAAUCAAGAAAAAAAACUAAAAACAACUAAUCACGACGAUAAUGAUGAAAAAUAUGAAACUGAAGAUGAUUAUCAAUUGUCAACAUUGACAAGAAAACAUAUAAAAGAAUAUGAUGAACAUCGACCGUUAACACCAAUAUCAUCAUCAUCGAGUCCACCGAAUAUGUCAUCAUUAGAUAAAAAAAUGAUUUCAAAUGAUAUUCCACCAACACCAGCAAUGACAAUUCGUAGUCAUGAUCGAUAUUGUUGUUCCUAUUGUUCAAAAACAUUUCCGCGUAGUGCCAAUCUUACCCGACAUCUAAGAACUCACACAGAUAAGUAUAAUUAUUGA